CAAACGCACACAAGAACUAAGAUCUAAUUGAAACGGAGUUGGUAUACAUCUGUUCCAAUCUAAUAUCCUUCCCUGAAUAUACAUGCGAGAGCAGGUGAUGGAGAUCCAGCUGCCCUUUAGCUUCACUACUCUCCUGCUUUUUUCAUCUUUCAUCUUUUUACUAAUCAGGGCAUGGGAGAAACUCAAUUCUCCCAAAAAAUACGAGAAAUUGCCUCCAAGCCCGCCAAAGCUGCCGGUGAUUGGGCACCUCCACCACUUGGUGGGCGGGCUGCCACACCAUGCACUCAGGAGAGUAGCCCAAAAGUACGGACCCGUCUUGUAUCUGAAGCUUGGAGAAGUUUCAGCAGUCGUGAUUUCAUCACGGGAGGCUACUAAGGAGGUGGUCAAACUUCAGGACCCUGCCUGCGCAGAUAGACCCGAAAGCAUCGGCAGUAAGAUCAUGUGGUAUGAUUACACUGAUAUCGCCUUCAGUGCCUACAACGAGUACUGGAGGCAAAUGCGUAAGAUAUGCAUAUUGGAGCUUCUCAGCGCUAAGAAUGUCAAAUCUUUCGGGUCCAUUAGGCAGGAUGAGGUGUCCCGUCUUAUGAAAUCUCUUCAGUCCUCUUCUGGACAAGCCAUCAAUCUGACGGAAAAGGUGUUCGCGUUCACGAGUUCCAUCACCUGCAGGGCGGCGUUUGGUAAAGUGAUGAGGGAUCGCGACGUGUUGAUAGCCAUGUUAAAGAAGGCGGUUACCAUGGCCGGGGGAUUUGAGUUGGCUGAUCUGUUUCCCUCUUCCAAGUUGCUGCAUGUUCUCAGUUGGAACAAAUACAAGCUGUUGCGGAUGCGGCGGAAGCUUGAUACAAUUCUUGAUGCCAUCUUGGAGGAGCAUAAACUGAAGCAGAGUGGAGAGUUUGGUGGUGAAGACAUUGUCGAUGUUCUUCUCAGGAUGCAGAAAACUGGAGAACUCCAAUUUCCCAUCACUAAUGACAACAUUAAAGCCGUCAUUUUUGACAUGUUCUCUGCCGGAACUGAAACAUCAUCAACUACCAUCGAUUGGGCCAUGGCAGAACUAAUGAGAAACCCUCGGGUGAUGGCAAAAGUACAAGCAGAGCAGAAAGAAGCCUUUAAGGGAAAGACGACGGUGGAAGAGAGCGACGUGCAGGCUCUCAAAUACCUGAAAUUGGUGAUCAAAGAAACAUUCAGGCUGCACCCUCCAAUCCCAUUGCUCCCAAGAGCAUGCAGAGAUGAAUGCAAAGUUAAUGGGUACACAAUUCCUCUCAAAUCCAAAGUCAUGAUUAACAUCUGGGGCAUGGGAAGGGAUCCCGAAUAUUGGCACCAACCCGAGACCUUCCAACCCGAAAGAUUCGACAACAAUUCCAUUGAUUUCUUGGGGAAUAACUUCGAAUACAUUCCAUUCGGGGCAGGAAGAAGGAUUUGCCCGGGUAUGAAUUUCGGGUUGGCGAACGUGGAGCUUCCGUUGGCAAAACUUCUCUACCACUUUGACUGGAAGAUGCCGAAAGGAAUGACUCCAGAUGACAUAGACAUGACGGAAGCGGAAGGAAUUGCGGUCUCAAGAAGGAAUGGUCUUGUCUUGGUUCCCUCAAUAUACACUGCUUCCACUUGACAACUCACGACUCUUCACUGCUGGGAGAUAUUGCCGCAUAAAAUAAAAUAAUUAUUGGUGUUAUUACAAGUAAACAGAUGAUGUAUUUUUAAUCAUAGGUCAAUUUCAGUUAAUUUGUUGCCUACAAUACACUUAAUUCAUAAAAAAUACAUAUAAUUUUUUUAAAAAAAAAUCAACCAUAAGUAUAGUAUUAUAAUACAUGCAAUCCAAAUUUUAUAGGAUUA